GUGUGUGUGUGUGUGUGUGUGUGUGUGUGUGUGUGUGUGUGUGUGCGGCGCUUCUGUGGAGGGGGAGAGGCAGAGGCAGGGAGAAAACGACGGGAGAGCGGUAUCUUACAUUUGUGGCCCUCCGUCUCCUUCCCCUCGUCCUCGAUGCACGAAGCACCAGACCGCCGCUAAACCACAGUGAGGACACCGAGAGGAGGUUUAGCGGGAUCCAUCGCUGGGUUGGAUUCUGUCGACAAGCGAUUUCAUUCUGAAGGAGAGACGUGCAAAUGGUCCUUCCAGGCUGCCGGUAGAUCUACUUUCAUCCCACACUGUUUGUCUGGGCCCACACCGUAACCACUGCGUCUCCAGUCACUCCCCGGAACCACGCAUAGCUCCCCGGACACUUCCUCUCCCUACCUCCACCUUGUGUUUCUGCUUUCUCUCACCCACUGAGAUAAAUGAGUGGUCCGGCUACAGACAGCAGGGCUGGGAUAAGCGCCAGAACCCACACAGAAUGUCCUGGAUCAACGGCUUCCUAGUAGCCAGAGUGGACGACCGCAAGACCGCGUGGGGCGAGCGCAAUGGCAAGAAGUCCAAGCGCAAGGGCGGCUCAUCCCUCUGCAACCCGCGCUACAUGAGCUGCCUGCGGGACGCUGAGGCCAUGGAGCCCCCCGUCCAGGCGCCCCAGCCCCUGCCCCAGCGAGGAGGAGGAGGAGGCGGGGGUUUGGGGGGCCCCGGCUCGGUCGGCGGGGGGACCCAGUUUGGCGUUCGCUGUGGCUGGCAGGAAGACCACUACGCCAUUCGAGGUGUAGGAGGAGGAGGAGGAGGAGGAGGAGGAGUCGAGGGCGUGGGGCUCAAAUCGGUGGACCUGGGCUUUGAGGAUGGGGGACGUAAAGGUGGCGAGGGCAGUGGUGGCGGCGGCGGUGGCAGCGGCGGGGGGGGGGAGGAGGACGAGGACGAGAGCGGCGUGGUGACGGCGGCGGACUGCUGGCUGCGCGUGGCCCGCGUCUUCCAGUCCAAGAAGUUCCAGUCGCGCAAGCUGGAGCGCCUGUACCAGCGCUACUUCUUCCGCCUCAACCAGAGCUCCCUCACCAUGCUCAUGGGCGUGCUGGUGCUGGUGUGCGGCGUCAUGCUGACCUUCCACUGCGUGCACGCGCCCCCGCACCCCGUCUACGCCACCCUCCUCUCCGUGUCUAUGGGCCUCUUCCUGGCGCUCAUGGUGCUGUGCAACCGCAACGGCUUCCACCAGGACUACAUGUGGAUGGUCAACUACCUGGUGAUCGCCGUGCUGCUGCUGGUGCAGUCCCUGGGCGUCCUGAUGGUGGCGCCGCGGAGCGCGUCCGAGGGCAUCUGGUGGUCGGUGUUCUUCAUCUACAUCAUCUACACGCUGCUGCCCGUGCGCAUGCGGGCGGCCGUCAUCAGCGGCGGCCUGCUCUCCGGCAUCCACCUGCUGGCCACAUGGAGGAUCAACCUGCAGGACGAGUUCCUCUGGAAACAGCUGAGUGCCAACACCCUGAUCUUCUUGUGCACCAACAUCAUUGGGAUCUGCACGCACUACCCGGCCGAGGUGUCCCAGAGGCAGGCCUUCCAGGAGACGCGCGGCUACAUCCAGGCCCGCCUACACCUGCAGAGGGAGAACCAGCAGCAGCUGAGUGCCAACACCCUGAUCUUCUUGUGCACCAACAUCAUUGGGAUCUGCACGCACUACCCGGCCGAGGUGUCCCAGAGGCAGGCCUUCCAGGAGACGCGCGGCUACAUCCAGGCCCGCCUACACCUGCAGAGGGAGAACCAGCAGCAGCCCCCGGUACAUGCAGCACACCUGCAUAGGAAGCAGCCAAAAGCAGGUGCACACUCCACCACACACACCAGGUCACACUAG